AUGCGAGGGAAGAAUGCUCGGAAAAGACAAAAGAAAUUGACUUUUGGCUCGUGGAUUAACAACCUAGGAGAAGGUGCCCUCGAGUCUGUCAUGUCAGCGAAAAAGGAAGCCCAAAUCACCCUGCCACACUCAGUCUGUUCAGACCUGCAGACGUUUAGUUACCCUGAUAGGACGCAACUAUACAUGUUAGACCUUGUCUACCAAUUCUUCGCAGUCCUAAACCAAUCACUCUACCCGAUUGAGGUUUGCGUAGCAUUCGAUCCUGCGCCCUCAGUCUAUUUUGAGUAUCUUCAGAGAGAUGCACUUUUUCUCCACUCGGCGCUAUGGACUGCUCAGUCGUACUUUGACUGUAUUCAGGGGUUUCAGGUCUCGGAGAGAGCCCUAUUCCAUGAAUGCAAGGCUAUUAACCAGGUGCAGAAAAGAUUGAAUUAUCCUCAAACUGCUGUAAACGAUGCAACAAUUGCUGUGGUAGUAAAUUUCGUCUUGACAACGGCUCUUGUUGGACAUUUUUCCACGGCGAAAAAGCACAUGGCGGGGCUCUACCAGCUCUUGAAGCUUAGAGGUGGCCUAAGGCAGCUGAAAGGAAACAGUCAGCUGCAGAUCAAGAUUUGUCGGGCGGACCUUUCAGUUGCACUUCUCAAUGGAGAUAGACCACUUCUUCUCUCGGAUAGCAACAAUUGGAAGCCAUUUCUUGCAGAUGUUGCUGACACUGAAUUCUUGAAGAGACAUUUUCAGAGUUUUACGCUUGAUAGAAGAUUGGCGAAUACUGGUACCGAUCUUCGCAGGUUCUGUGAUUCAGCAAACAUGGCUUUUAUCACGUCCUCCAAAAUAGACGGUCCACUUUUUCAGGAGACUUUGAUCUCGGUUCAGUAUCGACUCAUAACCCUCAAAUUCAAUGAAAAUGGUGAUGAAAAGGAAGGAAGCCUGAAUGAGGCCUUUCGAUUAGCUCUUCUUGCUUUCUCAACCACAGUAUUUCUUCAGCUACGCGGGAUAAAAAUUCGCUUUUCCCUUCUCUCGGCUCAACUCAAAGAUGCGCUCCUUUCUCAAGUUGUCUGGGCUGACCUCCGAAAAAUGGAAACCGUCAGCCUUUGGGUUCUUUUUGUAGCUGCUAUUGUGGCAGUCACCGAUGAAGACGACGUAUGGCUUGUAUCACUCAUGAAUGAACGUCUUCGUGGGACUGAAAGCUUCAUCUCAUGGCAUAAAGUCCGAUCGAUUCUGAAAGAUUUCAUGUGGAUUGGCGAAAUACAUGAUGAAGACGGAAAAGCAGUAUAUAGUCGGAUGGUUCGGUAUGCAGCUGUUCACAAGGAUUCAAGUUCAGGGAUUGAUGUUGUAUUAUUGUAA